GUCUUCGGUCGUCCACUAUCCCUGUUCCUCGCUUUGUCUUUAUUCCCUUUCACCUUUUGGUUAUCUUGCUUGAGAAGAAUACCCACCUGGUCAAGCAAAUAUAGAAUCUCUCUAUGUGUAUGUGUGUGGUACUUCACUCUCUGCUCAGUCGGCUUGCAUUCUCUCGCUAAUCUAAGUUCUGGGUUUUGUUGCAUUGUGAGAAGUUUACGGAUAUGGAGAAGGCGAGAGAACACAUCGAAGAGAUACGCAGAACAAAGUUUUCAAUCGGAGGGGAACACAACCCAUUGACGGCGGAACUUCACCAGGCCAUCAAGAACCUCUCUGCUGAACUUUACGCCAAGGAUGUCCGCUUUCUCAUGGAGCUCAUUCAGAAUGCGGAAGAUAACGAUUACCUGGAGGGUCAUCCACCAUCGCUUGAGUUCGUCAUAACUUCUGAGGACAUCACGGCCACAGGAGCUCCACAGACGUUGCUGAUUUUCAACAAUGAGAAAGGUUUCUCCCCUAAAAACAUAGACUCCAUUUGCAGUGUUGGUCGCUCCCCAAAGAAAGGAUACAGAAAACGCGGUUAUAUCGGAGAAAAAGGAAUUGGGUUCAAGAGUGUCUUUCGGGUUACUUCUCAGCCAUACAUAUUCAGCAACGGAUAUAAGAUACGGUUCAAUGAAGAGCCUUGCCCACAUUGCAAUCUUGGGUACAUAGUUCCUGAAUGGGUGGAGGAGAAUCCAACUCUUUCUGACAUCCGACAAAUAUAUGGAGCUACAACUCUUCCAACGACAACAAUAGUCUUACCUUUGAAGCCCUAUAAGGUCAAACAUGUGAAGCAGCAGCUCUUGAGCAUUCAUCCUGAAAUUCUUUUGUUCCUGUCAAAGAUAAAACAGCUUUCCGUAAGGGAACAUAAUAAGGAUCCUAGGCUCAAUACCGUAAGUGCAAUAGCCAUUAGGAGUGAGACUAAUUUUGUAACAAGGAGGAAUGUUAAUGCUGAGUCCUACACACUCCAUCUCUCAGCCACACAUGUGGAAUGCAGUUACUACAUGUGGAAGCAGAGGUUUCCUGUCAGGCAAGAAAACAAAGUGAAAAGGAGAAUGAAAGUAAAGGAGUUGGUGAUCACGUUGGCUUUUCCCUUUGAAGAACCUCUCAACAGAGGGAUGAGCUCACCUGGGGUCUAUGCAUUUCUUCCCACAGAGAUGGUUACCAACUUUCCCUUCAUAAUUCAGGGGGAUUUUCUUCUUGCUUCAUCAAGGGAAACAAUUCUCUUGGACAACAAGUGGAACCAAGGGAUUCUUGACUGUGUGCCCUCUGCUUUUUUCAACGCCUUUGUAGCGCUAGUCAAAACUACAGAAAAUGUUCCGGUAUCUAGUUUGGCUCCAAUGUUCAGGUUUAUUCCUAUCAACAACUCUGCUUAUCACGAGUUGAAUAUGGUGAGGGAAUCAAUCAAAGCAAAGCUUGUCGAAGAACAUAUUGUUCCUAGUGAGUCAUACACACAGCAGAAAUUCUUUCAUAAACCUCACGAAGUUGGUAGGCUUAAGCCUGCUUUCAGGUACAUUCUGGAGAAGGCACGGAAGCAAGGGGUGAACUUGCUUGACCUCUCAUCCCAUGGAAAGUAUAUUUUGAGUUCUUCAUUUGAUGAAGAGAAGUAUGAUAGCAUAUGGAAUUUCUUGGGAUUGGAACCAGUCGACAACGAAUGGUACGCAAAGUGCAUCCAGAAUUCCAAUCUUGUUGGAGGAGUGUCAGAGGACUUGCAUUUAGAGAUCUUACUAUUUGUUGCUGAUAAUUUUAUGUCCAAAUUUGACUGCACCAACAUGAAGAACAUACCACUACUAAAGUAUCUGGGUCUUGAUGGGGAUGAGUCCUUGCGCAUUAUUCACACAUGUUUUUAGCAAGAUGAGGCCUGAGAUGAAGCGACAUCUCUUCCCUGGUUUUCUGGUAUUUAUUAUCCUACAUAGCAGGUAAGAGUAAACACAUUUUGCUCAAUCGAACACUAUUUUUUUUUUUGGGUAUCUUUUAACAUGUAUCAUUAAGGCUGUAAUUAACUUCAUUUUGUAUCCAGAAAUGGAACCCUGGGGUGCAUCUGUUUGUGUCAUAUUUCCCUUCAUUUGUACUAACAGGAACCCAGUAUAUAUGGGAUGAUGAUAUAUAUGAUGUGUGGUGAUAUUAUUUUCUGCAGUUACAACCAAAAACUGCAAUA